CAGUACACGUUUUGGAUAUACGGAAAUUGAAAGUAAGUUUAUGCAAAAAUGGCGGCCGCGUUGGAAAUAUCGCAGCACAAAGGUUCAGACGUUUUUUUCGACGUGUGCUGUUCAAUCUGCGAAGAUGAUGGCAUAAAUAAAGAAGGACGGUUUAGUUGUCAGAAAUGUUCAAAAUAUUUUUGUGACAGUUGUGUAUUAACUCACAAUAAGUUUCUUAAGGAUCAUUUAGUAACUGCACAAGGGGGCGGUGACGAUUGGCCUGUAGUUAAACCAGUGGAUGAUUCGCGUGAGUUAUGUGAGGAGCACACGACUGAGAAACUGACAAUGUUCUGUGAAGAUGAUGAAAAGCUGCUCUGCCACGUCUGUCAUCUCCGUAAUCACAGGCAAUGCAGGAAAGUAGUUCUAUUGACUGACAAGGUAAAAUCUACCACCAAACCAUUGGAUGUAGGACAAAUGAAGAUUAGAAUUGAAUCAUUAAUGGAACGCCUACAUGAAAUGUUGCAAAUGGGAGAACAAAAUAGUUUGUCUCUCCAAACGUCAUACGAAACAGUUUUGAAAGAUAUUGUUGAUGUACGACGAUUGAUCAACGACAAUUUGGACCGACUGCAACAAAAUACAGAACGAAAAUUGGAAGAAUUGCAUUCUUCAUUACAGAAUUCUAUGGAAAAUAUAAGAAAAGACUGCGUUGAGUUUAUUUCAAAGAUAAAUGGGUUUAACAUUAAAGCCUUUCAAAAAGAGUCGCCUGAGCGAUCGUUUAUUAUGUACAGAAAAUGUUUGGACCAAGCCGCUUCAGCAGAUUUAUUUCUUCGAAAAGGAACUUCAAAUGUAGCCAUUGAAUUUCACCACAAUAAGGACUUGAAGCAGUGUCUCGCUUCUUGUACAGAGCUCGGAAGCAUCACAAGUUGCAAAGCUGUGCCGGAACACGUCGUUGACCCGAACAAGAUAGUAAUCAUUAAUGACAAGACGCAAUACAAGGUGCAGACAGCGAAUGAUAAACGCAUGUGCACCAUUGCGGGUAUAUGUGAGUCUACGAAUGGAGAAUUCAUCAUUGCUGACUACGGUAAUAAUUGCGUGAAACUCCUAGAUCAGGCAUACACAUUGAUAGACCAAAUACAACUACCAGCGAUGCCGUGUUCCAUGUGUAAAACAUCUUCCAACGAGAUGGCGGUCAUUGUAAGCAACGGUGGUUCUGUGAAUGAGAUCCAUUUCCUAAGAGUCAACAAAGGUAGGAUUGUAAAGUAUAAUACCCUAAAACUAAACCACAUGUGUUACGGUAUUGCGAUUCACCAGGGCUACCUGUUUGUAACGUCCGGUACUGCACUGUGUCAAUACACCAUGGAUGGGCGGCUAGUGAAGAAGUUAUAUGAGGAUAAAUCAGAAGGAUGCACUGGUGUUGGGUUAAGUCCUGAUGGGAAGAGGAUCUACGUGACGCACAAUAACAAGCUUCUCACACUGACCAGGGAUGGAGCAGUCACAGCCACGCUACAGGAUACUGCAUCUAGAACUUAUUAUAUAAUACCUAACUUACACGUGGCUGCCACUGGACAGGUGUUUGUCUUAGGUGAGAAAUCUGUACGCCAAGUUAACACCAACGGAACGAAAGUUCUCAGUACCAAAGAACUUGAUAUGCCCCACCCUAGCUCGGUCUACUUCAAUGAAAACACAAGCAAGAUGAUUGUUGGUUUUCAUAGAAAAGCCAACAUCAAUGAGUUUAAAAUAGAGGUUUGCUGACUUUUAAACUGUUACGUUUUAAGGCGUACAAACUUGUUUCACAGCAUUACAGUGUAUAAUUAGUACCUAUAUAAUGUUUUCGUCAUUAUCACAUGAAGUCACCAUUCAAACUAAAGAUCUUGUUUUCAGUUUGACUGACUUACACUAUAUAAGAAAUAAAACAUGUCCUAAGCAUAGAACCAUGUAUGGUAUUACUAUUUUUUACUGCUCUCCGCUGUUCAAUUUUUCUGCCCAAAUUGUACGAACUCUUUCUUGCUUACCAUUUCAUCCAACAUUAAGUCUUUCCUACAUCGCUUCCUUUCCACAUUGUUUUUUUCUGUGCUCAUGACCACUAUUAUGUUUGAGCCUAUCUUCACAACCUGCCAUCCCAUUCCUCUCUGCUAAUUGUGAGUAUAACCCCAAAUUUCGUUAUCUUUAUAUAAAUUCAUUGUAUGUGAUUUAUAAUAAGACGUCAUGUUUUGUAAUGCUUUAUU